UCCAUCAUUUUCUUCUCUUCACUCUCUCUCUCUCACUCUCAUAGAAAAAAGAAAAGAAAGAAAGAUAGUAGCUAGCUAGUAAAGCUAAAGAAUGGCGGUAAAGAGAUCUUCGAAACUAACACAAACAGCAAUGCUAAAGCAAAUCCUCAAGAGAUGCUCGAGCUUAGGCAAGAAACAAUGCUACGACGAGGAAGGCCUCCCUCUUGACGUACCAAAGGGACAUUUCCCGGUUUAUGUAGGCGAAAAGCGUACGAGGUACAUCGUACCAAUCUCUUUCUUGACUCACCCCGAGUUUCUCAUCCUUCUUCAACAAGCAGAGGAAGAGUUCGGCUUUCACCACGACAUGGGAGGACUCACUAUUCCUUGUGAAGAAGUUGUUUUCCUCUCUUUAACAUCCAUGAUCAGAUGAGAUAGAGAUCCACUUUAAUCAUUCAUAUUAUGAUAUGAUGAAGACUAAAGAUUCUUUUGCUUCUUUUUGCCUUUGGAUAAAUCAUAUAUUAUCCAAAUGGUUCUUGGUUUGUUUUUUUCCGGACUAAAACCUGCAAGAUCCACCCAAAACAGAUAAUUCCCUACAUGGAUCAUGUAAAUCUCGGGUUUUAGUUCGUCAAUUAACGCCCUAAAUGGGGUUUGUAUUCGAUGCAAUGGCCUUUUUUUCAUUUUAUGAGCUGAUCAGUGGUGGCUCGCACUAAUAGAUGAUUAAUUAGUGCAAGUUUGAUAUUGGCCAUUCUUUUUUUUUUUUUUAUAGUCCGGGUCUAUGAUCGUUCGAGUUUUUUUGAAACUAAGAAAUGUUUGAUCUUUAUAUGAAUCUUUUAUUGGGGUUUCCUGAUCACGUAUGUAAUAAGUAUGUUUUGCCUUUGUAUGCGAGCUGAUGUAUAAAACUAAAAUUUCCAUCA